GCUCCGAUCGAUCAUCCCAUUCGCCCGCCGUCAUCACUGCCAUCCUCCACGCCUGCCCCCCUCUCCUUUUACAAUUACACCACCACAAGUGAACCCACAAUCCGCCGCUACUUAAGCGCGCCUCACACAACCCUACCUUGCUUCUUCUUGCUUUCCUCCACGCGCGCCACCCCACUCUUUGCUAACUUUUAUAUCCACCACGCCAGGCGUAAAUCGAGUUGCUACUUCAUGGGCCUCGAGCUCGAUCAGCUUGAGCUUUUGUCUCACCAGCUCCCUCCGGUCCGGACGUCCGCAACCGACGACGGCGCGACCGCCGCGGACGAUGAAGACCGGUGUGCCACGCCGACGUCGGAGGCGAACAUGCUGCGCGCGCCGUCGCUGUGCCCUCCGGCGCCGAGGAAGCCCAGGCCGGCGCGGGCCAAGAGGACGCAGCAGCACUGCUACUACCGCGUGCGGCGCCGGUGGUGCAGCAGCGGGCCGGCGCACGCGCGGUACUGGAUCGUCGCCGUGCCACACGACCUCGCCGCCGUGUUCGUCGCGCGGCGGCCGCCCUCUCCUUCGAGCUCGCCGUGCCGGCCGCCGGAAGCCAAGAAGAUCCGAGUGCACGUCGUAGGCUGACACCGGCACAUGCAUGCAUGCAUGCAUGCAUGCACCCGCGCGGGUUCAUACGAGCCGGCAUGCCCCUGUGUCUGCAGCCGAGCCGGCAUGCAUGCACCCGCGCGGGUUCAUACGAGCCGGCAUGCCCCUGUGUCUGCAGCCGAGCCGGCGUCCAUGCAUGCAGCUCUUGCAUCCUUGCUAGUAGAAGGGAUAAGAUGUGAGCCUGUGAAUGCCCACAGGCCACAGCAUUGUCUAACGAUAGCUAGUUGCCUAGCUAGUUUAGUACUUUAGGCUUAAUUAGCUCAUCUAAGUUUAGUCUAGUUCCUUGCGCUCAAAUAACCAAGUGUACAUGUAGUUGAUGGCCCACGUGAUCUUGGUAAUUGUUAGCAAAAUGAUGAUGUCACUGGAGUUGCAUA